CAGGCCCGCGGACACAUGCUCAGUGACACCGGCUCCGUCGACAUGGGCGCGACUAGAGAAUAUUUUAAGGAUCAAUUUAGUGUGAAUAAACUCACUUUGGAUCAUGGGAAUGCUUCGGAGUUCUACGUGGGCUGGUGGCAGACUGGCCAGUCGGCGGUGCACCUGCUGUGCCUCAGGCUGAUUCUGUUCCUGGGAUGCAUCGGCAUCUUCACCACAUCCUUGGUCAUGACGUCAGGGGCAUUCAGCCUGAACUACUGGGCGAUCUACAUGACGCACUGGGGAGUGCUCAUGAUCAUGGUGACCAGUGGACUUGCCUUCAUGGUGUCGCUAGUUGCCUGCAUCAACGGAGAUAUAGAUGCUGAUUUCGGUUUGCCAUGGUACGUGAGGGUCUACUGGGCUUCCCUCGUCAUUACGGUGCCCGUGGCCUACUUCAUCACAAUAUUCUACUACUCUUUCUUGACUGCUUUGGCUGAAGAAUUCGCAGUCAAUCCCGUGCUGGACUUCUUCAUCCACGCAAUGAACUCGAUAGUCAUGUUCCUGCUGCUGAUGACGUCACGGCACCCUGUGCAUCUGCUGCAGUUCGUCUACCCGUUCGGCUUCGCAGUGGUCUAUAUGGCCUUCUCCAUCAUUUACUACUACGCGGGAGGAACUAAUCCACAAGGCGAAGUCUGGAUAUACCCAGUGCUGGACUGGUCCAACCCCGGCCUGACUACGGGGGUGGUAUUCGGGUGCGCGGCGCUGGUCAUCAUCGUGCACUGCCUGGUGGUGCUCAUGGCGCUGUUCCGGGACUACCUCACCAGCACCUGCCUCUCUAGCAAACGGAACAGCUUAGAUAUCGCAGAGUAUUGAUAAACACGUUGGUAGAGACAGAAUUUGUACCUGGCCGUCGCCAAGACCGGGUCGUUGGGAUUAAUAAACUUGUCAACAGUGAAAGGGGAAAUAUGGCAAAUAUUAAGCUAAAUAUGGCAUGAAACGUAGACGUAAUUAGUAUCUACGAUUUUUUUAAUGCAUAACAAGGCAGUUAUUUGACCACAAUCGCACCUGAUGUUAAGUGGGAUGCAGUCUAGG